GAUCUCGGACUGAGGGGUCCGCGCCAUGGGCAAGGAGCAGGGAGGCCACCGCGGCGCCCCCGCCGCCCGCGCAAGCGUGCAUGAGCGCCGUGCGCCCUAGGCGAUCUGCGAUGUUGGGGUCCGCGCCUUGCUCCAGAAGCUUCAAGUGGGCGGACCUCUUCGGCUCCCCCUAGAUUGGCUGGGAGAACUCACCAAUGGGGAGCUCUGGGAGGCGGACCUAGAACGCCACCAGCUUGAAGAAGACAAGCAAAUUUCAAGUUGGCUGCGGCGUGUUUUCCGCGUGGGGGAGGGGCAGCAGGUUUUUCCCAUUGGAUGUCUGAAUCCCCAGGCCCCCUCCAUCAUGGCCAGCCGGGGUGGGGGCCGGGGCUGUGGCCGGGGCCAGUUGACCUUCAACGUGGAGGCCGUGGGCAUUGGGAAGGGGGAUGCUUUGCCCCCACCCACCCUGCAGCCUUCUCCACUCUUCCCUCCCUUGGAGUUCCGCCCAGUGCCUCUGCCCUCAGGAGAGGAAGGGGAAUAUGUCCUGGCCCUGAAGCAGGAGCUUCGAGGGGCCAUGCGGCAGCUCCCCUACUUCAUCCGGCCUGCUGUCCCCAAGAGAGAUGUGGAACGUUACUCAGACAAAUAUCAGAUGUCAGGGCCGAUUGACAAUGCCAUCGAUUGGAACCCUGAUUGGCGACGUCUGCCCCGGGAGCUAAAGAUCCGAGUGCGGAAGCUACAGAAGGAACGGACCACCAUUAUACUCCCCAAGAGACCCCCUAAGACCACAGAAGAUAAGGAGGAAACAAUACAGAAACUAGAGACUCUGGAGAAGAAGGAGGAAGAAGUGACUUCAGAGGAAGAUGAGGAGAAAGAAGAAGAAGAAGAGAAGGAAGAGGAAGAAGAAGAGGAGUAUGAUGAAGAAGAACAUGAAGAGGAAACUGAUUACAUCAUGUCAUAUUUUGACAAUGGGGAGGACUUUGGGGGUGACAGUGAUGACAAUAUGGAUGAGGCUAUAUACUGAAGACCGGAGAAGGCAAUGGCACCCCACUCCAGUACUCUUGCCUGGAAAAUCCCAUGGACAGAGGAGCCUGGAAGGCUGCAGUCCAUGGGGUCGCUGAGGAUCGGAUACCACUGAGCGACUUCACUUU